CGGACACCUGUUCCGCAUUAAUUCUAAAUCGCAAAAUAUACUUGUUUACUAGUAAACACUGCAUACCACCUAUUAGCAGAUUUGGCAUGCACAAUGCGUUAUUUUGAGAACAAAUUAGCAGACUAUAAAGCUGGAUCAGAGGUCCUAAUCGAUAAGGGUAAAUGGAAAGGAUGUAUUGAGUCACUUGUAAAUACAACUUUUGAAAAAUUACCACCCAGUUCAGACUCCUGUGAUGGAGGAUUGUAUGUUGGAAAUAUUGGUGUGGCUUACAUGUUGUAUUAUUUGUCUAAGCAAGAUUCUUUCAAAGAAAGGAAAACAACUUUUUUAGAAAAUGCAGAAGCGUAUGUGAAAGUUAAUCUUGAAUACCUCUCGCAUCAUCAUUGCAAAGACCCACCAUCUGCUUUUAUCCUAGGGCCUGCAGGAAUCACUGCCACUGGGUGUCUCUUAGCCAAGGAAGAGGGUAACAUCAGUCGUGUUGAUCAGUUUGGUGAAAUGUAUGCUGCAGCUGCUGAAAAAUGCAUGAAAAUAGAUUUCUUUAAGCAUGGGUCGGAUGAAAUGUUAAUAGGCAGGGCUGGUUAUUUGAGUGGUGCAUUAGCUUUAGAACAAAAGCUAGGCAAAAAGGUGUUAAAUGACACAACAUUGAAUCAACUGUGUUCUGUAAUGAUAGAAUCAGGACAGCAACAUGCAGCUAAACACCUCUCAAAAUCACCUCUUAUGUAUGCUUAUUAUGGAACAGAAUACUUGGGUGCAGCACAUGGUUUGUCAGGGAUUUUCCAAAUGUUAAUGAGUUUUCCAGAUUUUUUCAAAUCCACAACUUCAGCUGAGCCAAUCGUUAAGAGUGCUGUGGAUUAUUUCCUAACAUUGGAGGAUGCAGAUGGAAAUUAUCCACCAGCCAUGGAUGAGGUUGGUUGCCCCAGACCUGAUGGGGAAGAACUGGUUCAUUGGUGUCAUGGAGCUCCAGGUGUAAUCUACAUGUAUGCUAGAGCCUUCAAAGUUUGGGGUGAUGAUAAAUACCUGCAAGCUUGUAUCAGAUGUGGAGAAUUGGUAUGGAAGAAAGGGCUAUUAAAGAAGGGUCCAGGAAUCUGCCAUGGAGUAGCCGGCAGUGGAUAUGUUUUCCUACUCCUCUAUAGACUUACCAAUGACAAGAAAUAUCUACAUAGAGCUUUGAUGUUUGCAGAGUUUAUGUUCACGGCAGAGUUUAAGGAGCAGGCUAAAGUACCAGAUAGUCCAUACAGUCUCUAUGAAGGAUGGGCUGGUACCAUUUGCUAUUUGUCUGAUUUGAUGCAACCAGAUAAAGCAGAGUUCCCAUUUUCUAAUGUUAUUUUCUGAAGAAUGAUUACUUUUCUACUUAAUACUGGAAUUGAAUAAGAUAGAUAGUGUUGAUAGUUGGGCUUCAGAAAUGGCUUGAUUUCUGUAAAAUAUGUAGACAGAAAAUGAAAGACAAAGUUUUAUUAUUUUUAAUUACAUACUCAUACCUAUAUUUGUAAACUACACACUUUAUGGCUAUUUGGGAAUCUGUCCCGCUUGACCCAAAAAUCUGUCUCCUUGAACUUUUGACAUCAUACAACAAUAACUUUUCCAUUGUGGCGUCAGAUAUUUUCCAUUAAGAUGUCAAAAUUUUACGGUAACUUUUGUGAGGUCUUAUAAUGGUAGACAAAUAGCGAUAAGGUGUAUAACUAAAAGGGAAUUGAUUUGUUUGUUUUAGUCAAAUAACGAAUUGUUCUGUAUUAAUAUUGUUAUCCUGGUUAUAGGUCCCAUUCAAUUAUAUAAGUGCCAAAAGUUAUUAUAAAUAACUGAAUUAUAAUCUGAUUUUUUUUACAUUUUUAUACAUUUUUGUUGUGCCAUACAUUUAAAAGUAAAAUGGGCUAAAUCAGCCUUUGGAGGAAAUCUAAAGACUUUGAUUAAAUUGAAUAUAAAGCAUGUUAAGUUUAACAAUCAAAGUUUAUGAGACUUGGUCCCCUGACAGCGUCAAGCUUUCACUAGCAGCACAUACAUUUUCACUUGUUCUGUCUUGCAUCAUCAUUAUCUGUUUUGUAGUCCAGGUUUGUCCUGAACAUGCAUUAGAUAUUUGCCACUGGACAUUAAGCAAUUAAUAAUCAAUCAUUGUCCAUGCUUCUUUUUGUUAAUAGAAAAAUCCUUUAAAACAGCUAGACAUUAUUCAUCUAACCUGUGAUGUGUUAAGUUGUGUUCUUAAUACUUUAACUUUGUUAUGACAUUGAAGAGUUAUUGAUGUGACAGGCGUAUCAUGUGCUCAUGGUGCAGCUGUUUAUUUAGGUUUUCCAUACCAAAACAUGGACUUGCACAUUUCUGAAAAUAUUCAUAUAUUAAUCCUUAAACACUAGGAAACAACAUUGCAGAUUUCAACCAACCUUGGACAGGUUUUUUCUACAGGACAUGAAGUGGUGGGUGUACCUGCUAUUUUACAUUUUGAUCUACUGGGGUUAUUGACUUUUGGGGGUUUUUCAUAUGAAAACAAGGUAUAGCCUUUUCAUGUUUUAUUAUUUGGUGAUGGAAUUUGAAACACAUCCUCCUCAGACUGGAAAAUUUUAUAUAAAAAGCUAUAUAAUCUGGGUAAAUUUUAGACAGAAGUACUCAUGUAUAAUUAUAAUAUUUACCUUUCAUUAAACUGGUAUGUUCAUGAAUUAUUGUUAAAGCAUUCAAGUUCACUUUACAUGUAGGUAACUAAUGCCAUAUUGAAUACAUAUAGGACUUUCUUUAUGUAAUAUUUUUUUGCCAUAUUUUAUUGUUGUCAUUGAAAUCUUAUAGCCAAUUAAGUGUGAUGUGUUAAUGUUAUACACUAAAAGUGUUCAUUUGAUGUCAUGUGGCUUCUUUUAAGUUUAUAAGUUUUUUCUGAAAAUGGGUAGAGUGGGGUGCUCAUUUUCGCCACAUCUUUUCAUGUUUUCUACAGUUUAUGUUCAGGUCUAAAUGUUUUUGAAGAAUACUGAUAUUUCUAUAUGAAGAUAAUUUCAAACGCAAAAUAUUCUCAAGCUUGAAAAUGUGUUUGUUUGAAUAUAAUCAUCUGAAAAGUUAGAUUAAAGGGUGUUUGAAACUUCUUGAUUUUUUGUCAAUGGAGGACACAUAUUCGCCGUUUUUACAUAUCUAUUAAAAACCAAAAAACUGCAGCUUUAAACAACAUUGAUCAAAUCAAUUUCAUUUUAGAUGAAUAGCAGACAUUUCAAAGGUGUUAAAAGAACUGAAAUUUAUGGCAUUCAGACAAAGAAGUACUAAGAAAUACUUCUUUGAAUUCGUGUUUUUUCUUCAUGAAAUUGGCCGAAAAUCGUUGUCCAUUUUUCGGUUCUUUUCAGUAGGUGCCGCAAUUUUGUCUCAGUUUAAAAAAAUAAUCACAUUUGUUAUAUAAUAUCAUUUACUGGGAUAUGUCUUUCAUUCCAGCCUUCCCUUGAAGUUUUUACACCUCAAAAUCAUAAAACGGCGAAAUUGUGUCUCCGGCGAAUAUUGGCACCCCACUCUAACUGCUUUAGUGGGAUGUCUAUAUAGCUAUAUUUGAAUCAACCAUAUAAAGGAAAAAGUGUUCUGUUUAGUAUUAGGUUGUAUAGAUGCAUGCAUUGUAUUUUAAGCUUUGCUUACAUAUAUCUUGAUUUUACUGUAACAAAUACAUGUAUCUAUUUACUACCUCUACUACACAUUGUUAAUGGACCUCAUGUUUUCCUAUACAUUCAAGCCAUAAAUCACUACAUAAUGAAUUUUGUCUUGACAAUAACUUUUGAUGUUAGUGGUAUAUGUUGUGAACCUCCUGAACUGAUUUAUCUGUAACUGAGACAUAGUUCAAAAUAUUUAUUUCUCGAGUUAUUCACAGAAUACUGGUUUUUCAAAAUCGAGAUCUCCAUAUUAUAAGCCCUUUUUUGCAUUCUGGUUCAAAGAACAUGUGAGCUUUACUUGAAGCAUACACCAUCUGUUUUAACAAAAUCUUUAACUAUAAACUAGUGUUGUCAACGGUUAACCGAUCAACCGGUUAAGAUCGAACGACCGAAUACCGAAUACCAAAUACGCUAACCGGUUAACCGGACUUUUUUCAAUUUUGAUAUAUUUGAUAUAAAUUUGUAUUGAAAUCAUUAAAUAGUUAGGUUUUAUUUUAAAAAAUUGUCGUCGUGGUAAUUAAUUUGACAGUUCAAUUGUCCACAUAAUUGAUUGCUAUUGUCAAUCCAAUAAACAUAAAAUUAAUUAGUAAGAAGUUGUCUUUCAGCUCGGGGCAGGAUCUUAAAGAAACAUAAUUAGUAUACAUGUUUUAACAGUAGUUCUAAAUCAGUAAUGAGAUUAAAUUUUACGAUUUACUUCACUAUUUCGUUUCUGAUCUAAUUUUGUUUAAAUCUACAUCUACUGUGCAACCUCCGUCGUGCAAGGCUUAUUCUGACUUCAAACGAAAUGCUAAUUCAGAAAUUGUGAAAUGCAAACCAAUGUGAAUGUACUCAAUGUAUCCAUGAUAGUGCGAGUAACAUGCAAACAAAGUAAAGAAACAGGCCGUACGGUGACCUUUAGUUGUUAAUUUCUGUGUCAUUUUGAUCUCUUGUGGAGAAUUGUCUCAUUGGCAAUCAUACCACAUCUUCUUUUUUUUAUAAUUUAUCAUUCAAACUGAAACACUCCACAUCAUUUUUGGAGACAACAAGCAAAAAGGAAAGAAUAAUCAGUUUCAGACAUAUUCAAUUCUAAGAGCCCAAGAAGUCUUUUUUUUUUAUUUUUCAAUCUGAAUUUGGAACAAACGCUUUUGUUGAUACGGUGUAGUUGGUUAUUAAAAGUCAAACUUCGCCAGAAAUCCUCACAGACAAGCCAGAUAAUGCCAGAGGACAAACUUCAAUUCUAAAAGCGUAAAUUUAUGACUUAGAUGAAAGGUUGUCAAAUUGAUUAUUAUACCACAUCGUAUAUCCAAGUGUAGGGUACGACAAGCACCAACUCAAACUUACGGUUAACCGGUUAAUCGGUCGAACGAUUAUCCGAGUUACCGGUUAGGCAAAAGUGUACGAUUUGACAACACUACUAUAAACCUAUUGGAACUAAACUUUGCCUGUAUCAUCCUUGAGAAAAUCCAAUUAAAUUAUUGCCGCUGAACUUAAUAGACUCAUAUCUUAAAUCUUUUUUUAUUAGAUUGUUAUAAGUUCAUGACAUGUUUGUAAGCAUUCUUUAACUUUAGGUCACAAUAAUAAGGUAAUAAAAGAGGAUGACUUUACAGGGUAUAGCUUAAUUUGAAUAGUUAAUUAGUAUUUUAAUUUAGUCUAAUAUGAGAUUUUCUUGUGCAAUGACGGUUUUUGUGAUCAUCUAAAAUAUAUUAUGUUUAUAAACAGUGGAAAAGGGCUUUAUAAUCUUCAACAUUGAAAGAAAGUAGCAAUUUGAUUUUUUCAUUAGUUAGAUUUUUAUUAUUUUCUAAAGCCAUUAGAAUAAUUACCUAGAAUACUGCCACCCAUUAAAAUUAAUGCAUAACUAAAUUUUGCCCAUCAAUUUACAACUUUUUUUUUUAAUCUACUAUAUAAAUUAUAGACAGAAAUACUGCCACUGGAUGUUAAGCAAAUAACUAUUAAUCUGUCAUAGGUGACCAAUUUGCUGUCUUCAUUUAUUUUAUUUUAAACUAGCCAUAAUUAGUGCAUGUAUUAUUCAUAGAGAAAAAUUUAAAUACAAACUAAGCUUUAUCAUUAUUAUUACGUUAAAUUAUCAUAAUAAUUCAAAUAUAAACCAUGACAAAUUGCAUAAUAUUUUAUUUCUUUGUUUAACUUAUUGAUUAACAUUGCUAAAAACAGACAAAAAACUAUACUGAUCACAAACAUUUGUUUAGGGAAAUCAGCAUUAUUGAUGAUGAUCAGUUUAUCAAAAACCCAGGGGUCACCUAGGCUAUUUAAGAGUGCUUUUCCACCACUUUUGAAUGUGACACAACACACGUGGAUAUCAAGCCAUAUCUCAUGAUAAAUAUAAUUUCUUGAGAUUUUGAGAUAAUAUGAGAUAAAUUACUCUGGAUCAUUCUGUUUAUCCUCAACAUUUGUUUUGAGGUAUAAAAUUGCAUGAAACGCAAUCAAACCCCUUGGUACUCACUUGAUAUAUAAAUCUUCCAAGGCUUAUCACUACCAUAUGAUUUUACUUUUUAUACACACAAUGUAGUGCAUUAAUAAUAACAUUGAUUUCAUUCUAUCCAUGAACAUUCUAGAAAUUUAUCAAUGUAAUAUACACUCAGAUAUUGAAGUUCUAAAAAUUUAAAUGAUGCCAUCUUUCAAAAAUUGUACAACCAACAAUGCUUCAUUCAUUUGCAAUAUAUAAUUUUAAAUUCUCACUGAUAAAUUAAUGCAAUUUGUACCUUUCAGUGCUUACAAGCACUUUGCUUUGAUUAUCCUCUUGGUAUAUUCUGCCUUUUUUUCAUAAAAAAUCUUUUAAAAAUGAUAAAAGUAUUAAAGUUGCAAUUCUUAGUGAGAACAUUUUGCAUAUGAUCAUUUAAGAACAACCUUUACUUAUGUUUAUACUAUAAACUUUAUAAUGGAUUUAUUUUAUUGUUGUGUUAUAUUGUUGCUGUUUACUACAUUUUUUACGCUUGUUGGGAAUUUGUUACAUGAGAUUUCUUAUAAAUGUGCCAUGAUUGUUUAUUGUAUAAGACAUUUUGAUUCAUUUAUAUUAAAAAUUGAAGUUU